AUGAAGCACGGGGAGUCGGGGAUGGCAAAGGAACCCUGUUUCAAGUACCCGAUAGUUCCGGGGAUGGCUGGGACCAAUGAGUUGGCUACGGUUCAUCUUUUUCAAGAGAACACUCCAUCUGUUGUUUACAUAACCAAUCUCGCCAUCAGGCAGGAUGCUUUUACAUUAGAUGUGCUGGAGGUACCACAAGGAUCUGGGUCAGGUUUCGUUUGGGAUAAAGAUGGUCAUGUUGUCACCAAUUAUCAUGUGAUUCGUGGUGCAUCUGAUCUCAAAAUGGGAAUGAAUAUAUCUAUAGAUGUGCAAGGAUCCGACAAUCCUAUUCCACUUUCACCGCAAUGGCUUCUUUCAAAGCCAGGGGAGAGUAAGCUUGGAAUAGGAACUAUGGAAAAUCAUCCUGCUCCAUAUCCAGCUCAUAGAGGCCGGUCCGAAUUCAUGAAGCCAUUGGGAAAUGGCGAGGGUAUGCAUGAUACCCCAAAGAAGAAUGCUUUUAGGCCAUCCUUACUUGAUAUGGAAAAUGGUCGGCGAGACCACUGGCGUGAUGAAGAACGAGAUACCCAUUCAACUGUGCGCAAAGAUCACUGGAGGGAUGGUGAUAAAGAGCUUGGUGACAACCGCAGGGUGGACCGAUGGACGGAUAACUAGCCUUCAAAACAAUUUGGAGAAGCACACUGUGCACCCAUUGAGCGGUGGACUGAUUUAGGUAACAGGGACUCAAACUAUGAUCAAAAGCAUGAGAGCAAAUGGAACACGCGCUGGGGGCCUGAUGAUAAAAGCAAUGAAAGGUUACGGGAUAAGUUUGUCGACUCUGGAAGAGAUGGCGAUAUGCCUCUUGAAAAAGGAUUGUCUUAUCUUUCUAGUCAUGGAAAGGAUGUGAAGGAGGGUGAUCACUAUCGGCCAUGGAGAUCCACCUCUUCUCAAAGUCGAGGAAGGGGCGAGUCUCCUCAUCACCAAACACUAACUCCAAGCAAGCAGGCUCCCACGUUUUCUUUCAGCCGGGGACGUGGAGAAAGUCAUCACCCUUCAACACUUUCUGCUGGCCAUGGAAGGGGAAGUUCUGGUGGAAACUCAGGGGCUAGUAUACCUCCUCAUCAAACACUAGGAAUCAUAUCUGACAAGGGUGAAAUUGACCAUGAGGAGCCAUCCCAUUUAAGAUAUAGUAGGAAAAAAUUGCUUGACUUAUAUAUGAGGACUGACAUAAGGGUUUGCCAAGAACUCGUUGAAGAGCUUGUAUCAGUGCCUUCCCUUACACAGGAUGAACCAUUGGAACCUCUAGCCCUUUGUGCUCCUAAUCCUGAUGAAAUGCUUGUUCUAAAGGGAAUUGACAAAGGGGACAUAACAAGUAGUGGUGCUCCACAAAUGUCCAAAGGUGGGCCUGUUGGCCGGAACGCUACAGAGUUUACUCAAUCAAGACCAAACAAGAUUGGCAGUAGAGAAGAUUUACGUAGAGAAGAUUUACCAAGUACUGUUGAUGAUUCUAAAGAGGAGAGGUCUGCUAUUCCAAACAGCAGUUAUUCACAGCUUGAAAAGCAUAAGGGAUACCCAGAUACUAUAUUCAAAUUCGAAGCUAUGGAGAACAGGGGUCCUUUCAGAAGGGAUGAAGAGCUGCCUAUAGAUAGGGAAUCAAGUAUACAAGUAACACAUUCUGUUAAUCCUGGCACAAUGUGGCGAACCUCUUCAUUUGGAGAACAAUCACCUGCUGCUAAACAGGACUGGAAGGAGAUCCCAAAUGGUGUUGGGUCAAGAACCCCUGGCAUGAGCUGGUCAACACUUCGGAAUGAUAUGAUUGACCAACGGGAAAGUAAUGUGAUGAAUUCAUCCUAUUCUAGAGGUGAACCAAAUUGGCAAUCUAGCGUGGAUCCUAUCCUUAAGAGGCAACCAUCCGGAGUUUUGGACAGGGAACAUGAGCCCAGGAAGCUGCCUGCUCCUGAGGACCUUAUCCUUCACUACAAAGAUCCUCAAGGUGAAAUUCAAGGCCCUUUUUCAGGGAUUGAUAUCAUGGGUUGGUAUGAGGCAGGAUAUUUUGGGAUAGAUUUGGAAGUUAGGCUUGCAGGUGCACCAAAGGACUCUCCAUUUUCCUUACUUGGUGAUGUGAUGCCCCACUUACAAUCUAAAGCACGGCCACCACCUGGAUUUGGUGUGCCAAAACAGGGUGAACUAUCAGAUUUUUCGAGCAGAUCUAAUUUCAGUAGCCUUGGGAAAUAUCAUACUGGUGCAAGUGAUAUUGAUAGAAUCGGAAAUGAGCCGAGGCCAGCAACAGAAGCUGAAAAUAAGUUUUUGGAGUCACUAAUGUCUGGCGGCUUAAGCAACCCAUCCCAAGGUUGGGUUUUACAUACAGACACAAUCUAUUAUUUAUUUAUAACAUAUAUAUUAACUGCCUACCUAAUGUCUUUGGUUUCAAAGCCAGAUAUCAUCUCCGAGUCACCUACAGCUCAAGCAAAACUCCUCACGUCAUUGACUGACAACACCCUUCCACCACCUCAUUCACAAGCUGCUGAUUUGAUGUCCAUCCUCCAAGGAUUACCUGACCGGUCUGCUCCUGCAGUAAAUGAUAGUGUUGGGGGUUGGUCAAAUUUCCCUGCACAAGGUGCAUUGGAUCCUCUUCAAGUUAAGAUGGGUUUACAUCAUGCUCAAAAUUUUCCUACCCAAGCGCCCUUCGGGAUCCAGCAACAGAUGCCACAAACACCGACUCCACCUUCCUUGACUAAUUUGCUUGGUCAAACCAUGGAUAAUCCAUCUGGCAUUUAACCUGAAAAUCUUAUCUCCUCAACUUUAUCUCAAGACUCCCAACUGUUAAAUGUGUUGCAGCAGCCCCAGACACCAGUGCAACGAACACAACAGAUGUUGCUUCUUGAAAAGAUCAUGUUGCUUAAGCAGCAACAGAGACUGGAGGAACAACAAAAGUUGCUACGGCAACAACAAUUGCUCUCACAGGUUUUGCAAGAACAUCAAUCCCAGCAGCAUUUUGGUGAACCCUCUUAUGGACACCUGAAUACAAUUCCAACGGGGAAUUCAUCCAUGGAUCCCAGUCGACUUCAGCCAUCAUCACAAGAAAUCCUUCAGAUUGGUUCGCAGAUCCCAGGAACCCAAGAUGAACAUGCCUUUAACUUAAUGAAUAUGGCACCACAAGUUUCCCGGGAUACAAGUUAUACUGUUAGUUCUGAAUCCCCUUCUGUGCUUGUACCAAAUGAGAUGCUCAGUAGUAUCAGUUUUGAGAAGAGCUUGGGGACUAAUACACCAGAACUAGUAAAUGGCAUCCAGCAGUCUUUGCCAGUGACAACUGUUGAAAAAUCACUGUCAUUGGAAGCAAACACAUCCUCCCAGGAGGCUUCUCUUGUUAAAGAGCCACUCCUUGCUUCCGACUGCCAUGCUGUUACUGUAGAGCAGCCACAGAACUAUGCUCAGAAAAUUGAUGAAAUUGUACCAGCUGUACCCCUUGUGAAUGAUGCAAGUUGUGGAAACUUGGAGCACCAUGAAACUGCUACUGCUAGAACUUGUAAAACUGAUGCACCUAAUGAGGAUGUUCGGCCUACUGCUGCUAUCGAAGAACUGAAAGUUCAAAGAGGAAAAAACAAUAACCAGCCUUCUGUGGUGAGAGAAGUUAAGAAUGUUGAAGCUCACGAGGUGAGAAAAACUUCAGAAAAGAAGUCCAGAAAGCAAAAGGCUAGUAAAACACAAACCUCUGACCUUGCAAAGGGACUUUCAAAGGCAUCCUCUUCGGUGCAAAUGAAACCACCUGAAACUGAAGCACCAGUUGUUGUUGAGACUAACAGUACUGGGUAUAACAUUGAUGUGAUGUCUUCAGGAAAGGCAGAAGAUAUCAAGUCCAGUAUUUCCCCCAUAGAUUCUCCCAAUCCUAAAAGCUCUUCAGCUGCUAACAUUGCUGUGGUCGAUGAUGAAACCAAAGAGCUAAAGGGUGAGUCCCAACUUUCUGGUUCUUUCCCAGUGCAGAAACCAACUACACGGCCUGCGGAAAGUGCUUGGAAACCUGCUCCUGGCUUCAAGCCAAAGUCAUUAUUGGAAAUCCAAUUGGAAGAACAGAGGAAGGCUCAAACGGAGAUAGCUGUAUCAGAGGUUACUUCUGUGAAUUCUUCGAAUAUUUUAACUUCGUGGGCUGGGGCUGUGUCUAGUUCUGAACCCAUUAUUUCUAGAGAAAAUCAAAGAGAUGCAGAUUUAGAUGAGUCAGCUGUUGUGAAACCUGAAAGUUCUUUAAAUUCAACGAGUAAAAAGAGCCCAAAGGGCCCAUUACACGACCUGCUGGCAGAAGAAGUGUUGGCAAAAUCCAAGGAAAGAGAUGCAGAUGUUCCUGGCACUAUUUGUACGUCUUAUGCCAAUGUAACCACAACAAAUGUUGAACCUAUUGAUGAUGACAAUUUCAUUGAGGCUGAAAAAACUAAAAGGAGCCGAAAAAAGUCAGCCAAAGCGAAGGGCACGGGAGCAAAAGUUCUGGUUCCUGUUAACACUGCUAAUGCGCAUCCAAGGAAUUCCACCAAUUUUUCAAAAUUCAAACCUAGUGAGAGAAGCGGGCUUCUCUCUUGGUUCAAGGUGCUUUUUGUUUUUUUCAUCCAUCAUUUCAUCUCAUCUCAACCAUCACCGCCCGCCAUCUUUAUACAUCGCGUUCGCCGUCUACUAUCUAAACGCCGUCCUUCACCGACUUUCACCUCCGGCCGUCGUAGGUUCACCGUCAUAUCACCGGAGAUAGCUGCUAAAAGCUCUUCAGCUGCUAACAUUGCUGUGGUCGAUGAUGAAACCAAAGAGCUAAAGGGUGAGUCCCAACUUUCUGGUUCUUUCCCAGUGCAGAAACCAACUACACGGCCUGCGGAAAGUGCUUGGAAACCUGCUCCUGGCUUCAAGCCAAAGUCAUUAUUGGAAAUCCAAUUGGAAGAACAGAGGAAGGCUCAAACGGAGAUAGCUGUAUCAGAGGUUACUUCUGUGAAUUCUUCGAAUAUUUUAACUUCGUGGGCUGGGGCUGUGUCUAGUUCUGAACCCAUUAUUUCUAGAGAAAAUCAAAGAGAUGCAGAUUUAGAUGAGUCAGCUGUUGUGAAACCUGAAAGUUCUUUAAAUUCAACGAGUAAAAAGAGCCCAAAGGGCCCAUUACACGACCUGCUGGCAGAAGAAGUGUUGGCAAAAUCCAAGGAAAGAGAUGCAGAUGUUCCUGGCACUAUUUGUACGUCUUAUGCCAAUGUAACCACAACAAAUGUUGAACCUAUUGAUGAUGACAAUUUCAUUGAGGCUGAAAAAACUAAAAGGAGCCGAAAAAAGUCAGCCAAAGCGAAGGGCACGGGAGCAAAAGUUCUGGUUCCUGUUAACACUGCUAAUGCGCAUCCAAGGAAUUCCACCAAUUUUUCAAAAUUCAAACCUAGUGAGAGAAGCGGGCUUCUCUCUUGGUUCAAGGGUGUUGGAAUCGAUCCUUGUCACCAGCAGAGACCAUCGGUCCAUGCUCCUCCACCAUCCGCAGCAUCGUCUUCUCCAAUAUCUCAUCAUUCUCAUCAAGACAAGGUUCGUACUAUCUUCAUUUCGGGUCUGCCUGAAGAUGUCAAAGAGAGAGAGCUGCAAAUUUUGUUGAGAUGGCUCCCUGGUUAUGAAGUCUCGCAAGUGAGCUAUAAGGGUGAAAAGCCUAAGGCUUUUGUUCUUUUCUCUAAUGUCAAAUUUGCAGUUGCUGCCAAGGUUUCCCUUCAGGAGAUGGUUUUCGAUAUCAAGUUGAAGUCUUUUUUGCAUAUUGAGAUGGCAAAGAAGAAUCUGGUUGUUAAAAGAGGAAUAGGUAGAGAAUAUUAUCCUGUUCCUCCUGUUUUGCCAGUGUCGAAUUCAGCUCCAGUAGCGUUUCCAAGUUUUCAUGUGCCUGAUAAUUCUGGGGGUUGUGUUGAAAAGUCUGCUGCAAAUAUUGACAUCGGAUUGUCUUCUUCUCUUGGAGGGAGACAAAAGGCAGGAAAGAAUUCUUUAGUUCGAGCAUCUCCAGCUCUUCCUAUCGUUGAUAUUGAAGACGGAACCAAGGAGAGCGACAUGAAAGGCCUCUCCUUUGAAAAGUUUCCCGAAGUUUCGAGGAGGAGAAGAAAUGGGUUCCAAAAUUUGUCGAUGGAUGGUCAUCCAAGAAUCGGAAAUGGGUUUGUCACUUUUAUUGUUUUGCCAGAUACAAGUUUCUUGGAAUUUUGUUUGAAGCAAUCUAGAUCUGAGGCUGAGACACUUCUCGUGGAGAACUUCAUUGAAAAAUUUAUCAACUUUAAGGAGAUGCUGCCAGCUGAUGUGCUUGAGAUCGCUUUUCAAAGUCAACUUGAUAGAAAGUUCACAGAGACGGGAACCAGAAAUGUGAAUUCCGGAAAUACAAGCAUUGCGAAUUCCGACCAAGAUGUUGGAGUCGGCCCAGAUGGGCCUUCGGAGGGGGGAGGGAGGAAGAAAGGGAAGAAAGGAAAGAAAGUGAGCGCGGCUGUUUUGGGGUUCAACGUAGUCGGCAACCGGAUUAUGAUGGGCGAGAUUCAGACAGUAGAAGAUUGAUAAAUCAUGACUUCUUUUUGGGAGAUGACUACAGAUUUUUGAGACGUGGAGGUUAGUUGUAAAUACAUUUGGCUUUACUGUUUGUAAAAGUGAUUUUUUUUCA